CUAUAUAGCUGGGUGUGCACACGAGACACUUGGAGCUUCCUUCAACCAUUCACUGUCUUGCAUAGGAGGAUUAUAUUAGUGCAAAGGGCACAUUUGCUUAUGCUGUAGAGGACCAUUCGGUGCUAGGUCAUUGUAGCAAUGUAUUUGCUGUUUAAUUCAUUGUGAGUUAUGAGCUGCCACAUUCCACAACCAGCAGUGUCUGCCUGUAUUGCAGAGUAGCUGGAUUUUGACUGCUGGAAACCUGCACAGAAGAGGGGAUGCUGCUUCCAGCGAGGACUCCGGGGGGAGUGACAUUGAGAUCUUCGUGUCCUCUCGCAUCUUAAGACAAACCCCAUGCACUGCUUGUACCUUUUAUAUUGAUGUAUGUUUGUAAAAACAUUACCGUUUGGAUAUAUUAUGUGUCAGAACAAAUGAAGUCAGCAUUCUUAUUUUCUUUAUAAACUGCAACUGCUUAUUUCUUUGACAGAAGAUUCCUAUUGAUUUUGAUCUUGUGGGGGUGUGUAAGGGUCUGUUGCUGCUGUAUAAUUCACAAUGGCGAGCUCUAGGAGCAUAGAGCUUGAGCAUUUUGAAGAGAGGAACAAAAAGCCCAGGCAAUCCAGGAGGGGUGGAGGGGGGCAGAAUGCCGGCAGCAGUGGUUCUGGAUCUAGGGGUAAUAAUGGGCUGAUUCCCAGCCCCGCACAUAGCGCUCACUGCAGUUUCUACCGCACACGCACCCUGCAGGCACUGAGCUCGGAGAGGAAGGCCAAGAAGGUGCGAUUCUACCGCAAUGGGGACCGUUACUUCAAGGGGCUGCUUUAUGCGGUCUCUGCUGAGCGCUUCAGGUCAUUUGAUGCUCUGCUCAUGGAGCUCACCCGGUCCCUGUCGGACAAUGUCAGCCUGCCCCAGGGGGUGCGCUGCAUCUACACCCUGGAUGGUGGCAGAAAGAUCACCAGCAUGGAUGAACUACAGGAAGGUGAAAGUUAUGUAUGUGCCUCGAAUGAAUCUUAUCGUAAAGUUGACUACAACAGAAACGUCAGUCCUUAUUGGUCUGUGAAUGUAAGGACCGGUUCUGCUCGAUCGCUAUCCUCUUUAACCGCUUUGAAGAAUGAGAUGAGGGAAAGCAAGGACUUUAUUAAACCCAAGUUAGUGACUGUUAUACGGAGUGGAGUGAAACCUCGCAAAGCUGUCAGAAUACUUCUAAAUAAAAAAACAGCCCACUCUUUUGAACAAGUCUUAACAGACAUCACAGAUGCUAUAAAGUUAGAUUCGGGUGUUGUCAAGAGAUUAUGCACACUUGAUGGAAAACAGGUUACAUGUCUUCAAGAUUUUUUUGGUGAUGAUGAUGUCUUCAUAGCUUGUGGACCUGAGAAAUAUCGUUAUGCACAGGAUGAUUUUGUUCUGGAUCACAGUGACUGCCAUGUUAUGAAGUCUUCUUAUUCGCGUGCACAAAAGCAGCCGGGCUCAAAAAGUCCUGGGCCAUCACGUCGCAGCAAGUCUCCUGCUACAGUAAAGAGGGGUGGCUACUACUCCAGUGCCUAUUCAGCGGCAAAAUCUCCAGUUAAUGGAACACCAAGCAGCCAGUUAUCCACCCCAAAAUCAACUAAAUCCUCAUGUUCAUCUCCAACCAGCCCAGGCAGCUUCCGUGGCUUAAAGAUUUCACCACACUGUGGAUCAACUUCUAAUGUGAAUGGAGUUCAAGAACUGAAUAGUCCUGAGGGGUUGAAUGGAAAUAGAAAUCCUGAUACCUCAUUAAUCCAUGAGAAAUAUAAAAUAGGGAAAGUGAUUGGAGAUGGCAAUUUUGCUGUUGUUAAAGAAUGUCUGGAAAGGGCAACUGGAAAGGAGUUUGCUUUAAAAAUCAUAGACAAGGCAAAGUGUUGCGGAAAGGAACACCUAAUAGAAAAUGAAGUUUCAAUAUUGCGACAAGUUAAGCAUCCAAAUAUCAUCAUGCUUAUAGAAGAGAUGGAAACCUCCACAGAACUCUAUCUCGUGAUGGAGUUAGUGAAGGGCGGAGACUUAUUUGAUGCAAUCACAUCAUCAACAAAGUAUACUGAACGGGAUGCUGGUGCAAUGGUGUACAAUCUUGCUAGUGCUAUGAAAUAUCUUCAUGGUCUUAAUAUUGUGCACAGGGACAUCAAACCUGAGAACCUCUUGGUUUGUGAAUAUCCUGAUAAAACCAAAUCUCUAAAGCUUGGAGAUUUCGGAUUGGCAACUGUGGUUGAAGGACCACUGUACACAGUCUGCGGCACUCCGACAUACGUUGCUCCAGAGAUCAUUGCAGAGAAUGGGUACGGUUUAAAAGUUGACAUAUGGGCAGCCGGCGUGAUUACUUAUAUCUUACUUUGUGGUUUUCCACCUUUCCGCAGUGAGAAUAACCUCCAGGAAGAUCUCUUUGAUCAGAUUCUUAUCGGAAAACUCGAAUUCCCCUCCCCAUAUUGGGACAACAUUACAGAUUUGGCAAAGGAGCUAAUUGGUUGUAUGCUGCAAGUAAAUGUAGAAGAUCGCUACACGGCAGACCAAAUUCUUGCACAUCCCUGGGUAUCUGAUGAUGCAUCUCAAGGAAAUAAUAUGCAAGUUGAAGUCACAGGUAAACUAAAACAGCACUUUAACUCAUUACCGAAAGGGAACAACACUACAGCUGCCAUAUCUGUCAUCAUGAACACAGCUCUUGAUAAGGAGGGUCAGAUUUUCUGUGGUAAGCGCUGUGAUGAUACAGAGAGUGCUAUCUUGGAGAAGACCAGCAAGAUUACUACAGCUGUUGAAGAUCUUCCCAACAUUUUUGGAUCAACAACUUUAAUAUGACAAAUUUGAGCCAUUUACAACUGCCCUACAAUGUCCAAUUGGUACUGGGUAGUUGAACAUCCUGAGUCAGUGAUCUAUGACCAAAUCCAGUUGGAGCACGCCGCUUCAAACCUCCAUUUUUACAUUUUUAUUUUGAUGUAGUUUCCUCUAUUUUUGCCAUAGACUUGGUGUAUCGUUAGAUUGCUGUCCUUUUAACGGCCUGAUGUUUUUUGUUGUUUUUUUUCUUCAUUUUUUUUUUCUUUUUUAGCAUUGGAAACUCUCAGAAUGAGCAGGUGAAUAAUACAUUUACUGUAAUUUUUCUAUGCUCCUUGCCUAGAAAGUAAUUCUGCUUUCCAAUAAUUAAUUUUCUAGUUUAUUUAACGCACUUUUUGUUGGAUAUGGGAGAAUGUUGUAUUACAUAUGAUGACUGGGUUUGAUAACAUUUUAUUGUUUGUUAGGUGAGGAUUUCUGUAAUCUAGUUUGAUUUUUAUUUAUUUUAUUUUUUUAGAAUUAAUAUAUAAAAGAAAAGCUACACUUUAUUUUCUUCCAUUCAUUUAUGCUUGUGUUUCUCUUUCCACUGAUGAGUUUUGAAGGAACCGGAAAGCUAGAAACACAUUUUCAAUAAAAUUGCUAUUUUUAGGUAAUUUUACUCUUCCGACAUUGCAGUGACAUUUGGUUUUCAGCUGAUUUGCAUCUCUUAAGGUGACCUGGUUUGAUAGAAGUAGUAUUUAUUUAGAGGUAUGGGUAUUUGAUAUGUGUAAAGAGGUUCAUUCAAAGUUUCCUUUCCUAGCCACUAUAUGCUGAAACCAUAAAAAAAAAAAAUAUUUUCUAGUGACUUACUUCAAACAUUUCUGAAGCCUGGAAUGGAAUGAAAAGCUUGCUGCAUGUUGUUACAACCGGGCACAAAAUGUAAACUACUGGGAAAGAAAAGUUCAUCAUAACUUAAUCAUCACUAAUAUAUUACCAGAGGUUAAGAAAGACAGAAAAAUGUUGUUUGAUCUCUCUUUUGAUAUGUGUUGGGACUGGAGAAUUGUGAAAAACAAUCUAAUUGUGUAUUUAGAAUCAGUAUUAUGCAUUUUUAUUUUUCUAAAUUUUAUUUUGUUCUGCAGUGUUUCUUGACUGAAACAGAAUUACAAACUAGAAUCAUAGGCCUGCCUUUAUACUUAACAUUUAAUUUUAGCAGUUUAAAAACAGUGCAUGCGUUGUCAUUUAUUUUACUUUUUAAAGAACAAAGAAAUUAUUUAACAAAAUAGAAGUUUUCAGUGAUAGAAUGGAUAAGCAUGACCAAAUGAAUGUGCUGUACCAUACAGGAAACGUGAAACAUAUUGCAAGAUAGGCUCAACAAUGCGAGAAAUUCUUUGUGGUUGUCAAAUCUGUGUUUCUAUGUAUUUUUUUCUGCUUGACAAAAUGUAAAUAUUCACAGCAACUGUCUUACAUAAGCACCUUAUUUUUCAAAAAGUAAUCAAAUGUUAAAAAUAAUAAUAAUGGAUGUAAAAUUAAAUUGAAAGUGAACUUAGGGACCUGUGUGUUGGGUAUACUAAAUCUAUUUUGGCAGUGACCUUGUUCUACACAUCCUACUCCAGAUCCUACAUAAUGCCCCUUCGUUUGUAUUAGUACAGCAGCACAAAGGGACUCUCUAACUUCUCAAUUUUUUAUUUUGUAAUUUAUCUAAGCAGAACUAUUUUAAGAUAUUGCAUUCCACUGUAAAUGUAUGUACAGCUCUCUCAUUUCUAUCUUUAAAAAUAUUUAAUGUAUACUUUGACAUCUAGCUGAGUGGCAGAGGAGCUUUGCAUUGCAUUGCAAACACAUGCUAUGGUACAGGCCACUCUAGUUAUGUUGUCAUUAAAGGUGCAAUCUCAUUGAAUACAAAAAAAUGGUUAUGUUUGUAUUACAUUAAACAUUUGUAACCUUAUGUCCCUUGCUUACAAUAUCAUCUUACUACAGGAUUAUUUGAUCUUUCACCAAUAAACAUCAAGAUUAGGAGUAUAAGAAAUAGAUUGUAGUAAAAUUAUGUCUGUAUAAAUGGACAUUAAAUUUAGUUGCAUUUAAAAUUGAAAUUAACUACUGCGUAUUUGGAAUUUG